AGUUGUUCCAAGGAGGGAAGAUAUUCUUAUUUUUCAUCCACCACCUCAUCUUCAUUAUUAUUAUCAUCAUCAUCGCCACAUCUUCAGUGUCUCUUUCAAGUGAAUAUCCUUUUUUGUUGUUUUCGAGUUUUAAUUGUUUUCUGUAAAUAUUCAAAUUCGUUUUAAUUUGUUCAUCUCUUUCUUCUCUCUCUCUUUCUUUCACACAUACAUUAUCUCACUGAUUCGCUCACUCGCCACCUCACUCUCUCAUUUUUUCUUUUUCCCUUAUUUUAAGUAUCAAUUUUUUGUGUUAAUUAUUAAAUCAUAAGAAUGGGCGACAAAUUGGAAAUCAAGGAAAGUGAUUUGAAAGAUUAUUUCAAUUCUCUCGCUAAUAAAGAAGGUAAACUUGACAUCUCGACAUUUAAACACAUUUUGAAACAACUCGGACUUCACCCGGAAGAAGGGACAGUUACACAAACAAUCGAGGAAAUUCAAAGCGAUGGUUUUAUUACUUCUGAUAAAUUGAAAGCUUUUCUGGAAACUAUCGCCGAGAAACAUGGUAACUUGCGAAAACUUUUCGAUUGGAUUGAUGCCGAUAAAAAUGGUUACCUUGAUCGGUACGAGAUUAAAAUGGCCUUUGCGAUGUCCAACAAGCCUUUUACCGCGGAAGAUGUUGAAAGAUUGAUGACUGAAUGUGACACUGAUCGAGAUGGAAGAAUUAGUUUCAUAGAAUUCAGACAAAGUCGAAUGUCCAGUUUAUUCAGCGACGUUUGUUAAAAAUGUCCAACAUAAUAAUCAACAUAAUAACAACAAAAACAACAACAACAAUCAGUUAAUUAUGAUUACCAAUCAAUGGAUAAGUUUUUUGAUGGAACAAAAAAUAUUGUCGACUUAUUUGCCGUCGAACUUUUCAAAUUUAAAAUUUUCUUUCUUUUGUUUCCGUUUCCUGAUCAAUACAAAUCAAUUUUCUCUUUACGAUUAUAACUUUAAUUGCAGACUAGACUCACUUGUACCAUCAAUUAUGAAAAGGAACAAACUUGAAACAAUUUAAAUAAAACAUUUUACUAAAUUAAAAUAAAUAAA